AUCGAAGAAGCUGGAAAGGUUUCCCUCUCUGGCGUUCAGAUAAUCCGGUCAUGUGGUCCGUGCGCCACCCGCAGCGCAUACUGAGAUCUCGAGCAACGCCGACUCUAAGUAGUGUCCGUGGCAUCUCUCCUUCGAACGCUGUCACAUCUCUGUCUUUUUCUAUUGCCUUUUCUGCUGUGCCAGCUGGGCAGCCCAAUCAAAAUGGCAGAAGGGUCUAUCGCAUCCGCAGUUGCGUUGCCCGAGCCGGACAAUGCUGCGACAUCUCCAGAGAGCGGGCUGAAACGAAGACAGUCAUCAACCUCAGAGACCGACUCGAAAAGACGCCGACUGAGUGGCCAAGAUGACGCCUCCCGAUCUCCCCAGGACCGACGGCGGUCGUCUCCUCCAGCGGCGGAGCGCAGACCGGAACGCCGACAGGGUCGUCAGAACAGCGGAGCUGAAGAGCGCAAGCGUGGGCAGAGAUUAUUCGGCGCAUUGCUGGGCACCUUGUCACAAAGCUCAUCCACAGCGGCGCAGAAGCGACGCGCGGAUAUUGAGAAGAGGCAGCAGGACAAGCUGAAGCUGCAGGAUGAAGAGUACGGCGAGCAAAAGCGGAAGAAGCACGAAGAGUUGACGCAGAUACGGAGAAAGGAGCAGAGGGUCUAUGACAGGGAAUCGAUGCGGCUUCGUCACUCGAAUAUGUUGGCUAUGGCACAUUUCCUGAAAACGAAAACGGAACCUGUACUGUACUACAAGCCAUGGCUGCUACGACAGGAAGACGAGGAAACCAUAGAUAGACAGAUCGAGGAAGCCAAAGCUACGAUUGCAAGGGAAGAAGCAGAGUUCAACGAUCGAUACCCGCCAGUAGAGGAAGACCGCAAACCCGAAGGCGAGAAGCCAGAAAAGGAAGGAGAAAAACAGCCCGAGCAUACUGAGGAGAAAGAACUCAAAGAGCCUGAUGAAGCAGGAGCGCCUGCACCCGACACGGUGGGUUCUGAUACUAACCAGGACGCAACUGUCCAACAAUCGAAGACUGAUACUGCCCCUACUAAUGACAACCCCCCUUCCACCGAGGAGGCUCCAGCCCCAGAAUCGGCCCCUGCCCCAGAGCCUCCCAGAGGACAUGAGGACGAUGGAGGUGAGGUUGUGGAGGAAGAUAAGGAGGAUACGGUUAUUUACUAGGCGCACGCAGUACGGUCCUUUUUUCCUUUUUCUAAUAUACCCCAACCGCCCAGCAGGGUUCUGCUAGGCCAAGGAUUGUACCAAGUUCAUUUCCGUACGAGAAUCUGACGAGUACGGCACUUUUACGCGACAUCUUCGCUUCCGGUUCAUCAUUAUCUUUUCGUGGCGAAGGAUUCAUGCAGACAUGAAAAAGCAACGCUCAAGUGAAACCAGAAACAGAAAAAAAAAGCUAUGUCAUCUCGAACAUACCAGCACCCUAUAAUCCCGGUUCAAGAUAUGUAAAAUAUCAUUACUGGUACCUAAUCAUAGUAUAUACUUAAUUAAUGUCCCUGUUCUGUCUCGUCACAUGAUCCAAAACGGC